AUGAGCAUUUUCACUUUUAUUCCUAGCUCUUUCCCAAACAUCGCAUUUGGACCUAUCGCCUUCCGCGUCCCCCACGCUUCUCCCCACCGUCUCUCACACACCUCCCCACGCACACGCCCACUCUUCCCACCGUCGCCCAAGCUUUCCCCCACAGUCGCUCACGCUUCCCCUUAUCGCCGCUCACGCUUCCUCCGGCCUUCCCCCACACCGUCGCUCACACCUUUCCCCACCUUCCCUCACGUUUCCCCUCUCAUCGCCCACGAUUCCUCCCACCGUCGCCCACGCUUCGGAGCACCGUCACCCACGCUUUCCCCACCGUCGCCCACGCUUCCCCCCACCGUCGCCCACGCUUCCCCCCACCGUCACCCACGCUUCCCCCCACCGUCGCCCACGCUUCCCUCCACCGUCACCCACGCUUCCCCCCACCGUCGCCCCCGCUUCCCCCCACCGUCGCCCACGCUUCCCCCCACCGUCACCCACGCUUCCCCCCACCGUCGCCCACGCUUCCCCCCACCGUCGCCCACGCUUCCCCCCACUGUCGCCCACGCUUCCCCCCACCGUCGCCCACGCUUCUCCCCACCGUCGCCCACCGCCACCGUCGCCCACCGCCACCGUCGCCCACCGCCACUGUCGCCCACGCUUGCCCUCCCAUCGUCCUCGCUUAGCCUUCCCGCCGACCUCCUUUCUCUCCUCCUCUCUCCACGUCGUCAUCACUCCCCUGCCCAUCACGUUCCCCCUAUUCACCAUCGCUUCUCUACCCAUGCCGCCCACCCUCUCAUCCCUUCCCAUCGCGUGGGGUGUGGGAGGGUGCGUGGUCAGCAGCACCCUUCCGUCGCAUACACGUUCAUUCAUUACCCCUUCCCUCAUCUCCCCAUUCCUCAUCUCCCCAUUCCUCAUCUCCCCUUCCCUCAUCUCCCCAUCCCUCACCUCCUCAUCCCUCACCUCCCCAUCCCUCUCCUCCCCAGCCCUCUCCUCCCCAUCCCACACCUCCCCAUCCCUCAUCUCCUCAUCCCUCAUCUCCCCAUCCCUCAUCUCCCCAAUCCGCCUCACCCCAUUCCGCCCCGCCCCACCCCAUUCCGCCCCACCCCUUUCUGCCCCACUCCAUUCCGCCCCACCCCUUUCUGGCCCACCCCAUUCCGCCCCACCCCAGCCUCCUCCCCAGCCUCCUCCCCACCCUCCUCCCCAGCCUCCUCCCCACCCUCCUCCUCACCCUCCUCCCCACCCUCCUCCCCACCCUCCUCCCCACCCUCCUCCCCAGCCUCUCUUCCUCCCCUCCCUUCUGCUUCUCCCCCAAGCGUCCUCCCUACCUCCCUUCCUCCCAUCAUCACUUCCUCCCUUCCUUCAUUCCUGCAUUCCUCACUUCCUCCCUUCCUCCGUCUGCUCUGCAUCUGGUUGUGCAUGUGCUAG